AUGGAUUCUGUAAGGCGUGGGUGGAUAUUCCAAACAAACGAAAAGGUCACCAUACUGCAGACAGAUGAUCGCUGCGUGACAUUUUUCAAAAAUACGCGGAAUUUUAAAAUCGACGUUCAUGAAGCAGCUCAAGCCGAUAAACGGUCGGCUGUGAGAGGUGAAAACGAGUACCCUGGCGCGCUGGUGUCUGAUUGUUUCGGGAUUCUUGGCAUUGUCACCUUCACCGAGGGGCCAUACCUCGUAGUAGUCACCGAGGCGGGAAAAUGUGGGACCAUGCUCAAAGAACACGAUGUCUACUCCAUCGAGGGGAAGGCGUUGGUGCCACUGUUCCACCCAUGCUUAGAAACGGACAUCGAAACCUACUAUUGCAAUCUGUUCAAUCAGUUCGAUAUCUCAAACAACUUCUAUUUCAGCUACACGUAUAACGUUGCGAAUUCACUUCAAUGCAACGCAAUGUACGCAAGAUGUACACGAGAAGAUGAGGAGUGGUUAAGUUUCGACGCGGUUUGCGCCACCCAAAAGUACAGGUACAAUUUCGUUCAUGCAAAAAAUUUCGCCGAGCACUUUGGCCACGACGCUGCCGGGUUGUGUUUGAGGGUGAUUCAUGGGUUUUUCGGCCAAACCAAUGUAUGCCUUUCCGGACGAACGCUUGCAGUACACCUGAUCGCCAGACGUUCACGGUUCUACGCAGGAACGCGAUACAAAAAGCGAGGUAUCAGUCCCGACGGUCACGUAGCAAACGACGUAGAAACGGAACAAAUACUGGAAGAUGUCACCUGCACUGCCUCUGUUUUCUCUUUUUUACAGGUGCGUGGAUCGGCGCCAACCUUCUGGGCACAGGACACGAAUAAGACCAUCAUGAAAAAGCCUCCGCUGAUCUACCCACAAAAUGAUCCUACAUUCACUGCUCAGAAAAAGCACGUGUCGGAAUUAUUGUCUAUAUAUGGAGCGCCUAUUAUCAUGCUAAAUCUGCUUUCCGACGACCCGAGUACAGAGGAAGGAAAGCUCUCUGCCCAAUUCGAAUCCGCUAUAUCGGCAAUAAAUUCCGAACUUCCCCGCAUCAUUAGAGUGCAAUAUGUACAUCGCAAUAUACGAAGCGCGCUGGAAAAGGGAAACAUACGCCAAAUGAUCGCCGAAGUUGUCGAACACGCCGUGGCCGAAGUGGGAUUCUUUCACGACCGUCAGGGCAAUGUACUGAACGCGCAGGUUGGGGUGCUUAGAACGAACUGUCUUGAUUGUCUUGAUCGAACUGGAGUAAUGACACUGGAACUUGGGCUGCUCGUAUUCCAACGGCAGCUGGCUUUAUUGGGCAUCCAUGUGCAAACCGCUGAAGGACUGUGUGAUUAUGAAAUGCACAACUUCACGGAUGAAACCCCGUCCAACAAAUUUAAUAUAGGAGUUGCGCAAGAUCUCGAGCCCGUUGUGGGUCUUUUCAAGAGCAUGUUCGAGAGAUUGGGAGAUGCCUUGGCCAUGCAGUACGCUGGGUCAAAAACGCUGCGCAAGUACGAAGGUCCACGAGGAGCAAUAAGUAAAUCAUUACAGCUAUUCACCACGUUGAAGAGGCGUUUUUCGAGUCAUUUUUCGGAUUCAGACCGACAGACGCUGUCAAACAUUUUCUUAGGGGUAUUGCGACCUGACAGGCACCCGCCGCCGUGGGUAGUGGACGUUGACAAAUAUGUACACCGUGGAAAAUUCGUAUGUGAGUAUGAAAACGUUGAAUGGUGGGUAGUGCCUCUAAUGUGUUUCUUGAGAAGAGUAAGGAAGCUCCAGGGCAAUGUUUGCCGAUUGUGGUUCGACCUGUUCAAUGCAAGCGGAGAAUACCGCCCGUGGGCCAUGUUUGCGCAACUAGUGGCAUCGUUCCGACGCAACAAGGAUGAAGGCGUCUGUUGUUACUUUGGAGCAUAUCAGUCGGAUAAAAGUAAAGAAGAUGCAUGUCUCGUUGAAACUGCUGUAUGCCGCAAUUUCUCCAUCAUUCCAGUCGGAUCUAACGGCGCGGGAAGCAGCUCGGAAAAUGUAGUAUACACAGAAUUUGAUACACAUUUGCCGGUUAGUGUGACACACAUCAUAAGAGAGGUUGGUGAUCAGGAUGAAUUGAGCAGCGCCAUGCCAUCCGCUCGUGGAGCCUCAACAAAAACUCUAAUGGUAAAAGUGAAAUCACCAUGCGACUGUGCAUUAAACUCUAUUCUGGACGCCAGCAAACGCAACGUGCAUAGAAUGAACUCCUUUUUGCAACCGUGGAGGAUACAGCCACAAAAUCGCGCUGAGGUGGCCAGCGAUGUAGCAACGAUACGUUGCCGUAUGUCUGACCUGGAGCGUUAUGCGAAUUUCGUGAAGCUUUGA